AUGUCUCCAUCACCCAGAGCCACACUUUAUCGCGGCUGGGACGACCCGGGCAACUACGUCUGGUCGCCCUUCGUCACUAAGGUCGAACUGCGCCUCCGUGCCGCUGGAGUCGAAUACAAGGUUGCCUCAGGCUCCGUCAAAUCCGCACCUCGCGGCAAGAUCCCUUACCUCACCCUUGACGAAACCGAGAGCCUCAGCGACUCUACUCUCAUCAUCGAGAACAUGACCUCCGCCGGUAUCCUCCCUGAUAUCAAUUCCAUGCUCACUCCUCCCGAGCGCGCCCAUGACCGUGCGCUCUGCGCAUUACUCGAAGACAAGCUAUACUUUUACCACUCUUUCGAGCGAUGGAUCCAGAAUUACUACGUCAUGCGCGACCACGUGCUGGGCACUUUGCAAUACCCGGUGCGUGUUGUUGUUGGCAUGCUCAUUUAUCGUGGCAUCAAGAGCACUCUGCACGGUCAGGGCACAGGCCGCUUCACCGCCGAAGAGAUCGCUGCAUUCAGACGUCAGAUCUGGGAGAGUUUUGACGACCUUUUAAGGGAAGCAAAGAGGAAGCAGGGCGGUGCCACCGACAGGGAGAAGCCGUUCUGGAUCAUGGGCGGGGAUCACCCCACGGAGGCGGAUAUGGUGCUCUUCGGGUUUAUUGUUUCCGUGCUGAUGUGUACUGCGGCGCCAGAGUCGCAAGAGGUCGUACGGAGUUUUCCCACCAUUUUGGAGUACGCGGGGAGAAUUCAUGACCGCUUCUUCCCAGACUACAGGCGCUGGGAGUGA